AUGAAGGGGGCAUCACUCCUAUCCUCUCUGGCUGCGGCUAGCCUCGCUCUCGGGCAGUCCGCGCCCGCAAGUAUCCCGACUAUCCUUGGUAUCCGUGGAGCUAACUCGGCGGGCUGCUUCUCGGCGACGAGUAUGAGUCUCUCGCUAAAAGCCGACAGCUUGAAAUUCGACUUCGCGGAUAUGAGGGCUAGCGUUACCCCAGCUACCCCAUACGACUCAGAGGCUGCGAUAUGUGUAAUGUCUAUCGAACUAGGUGCUUUCCCGCAAGGAUGGCGCUUCGCCUUCUCGGACGUCUCGUAUACAGGACAUGCAAAACUCGCGGGGGGUGCACGGGUUCGGAGUUUUGCGGCCAACUCGUACUUCCAGUGGGAACAUCUCAAGAACAAUGGGGCGAUUGAUCAACCUACUAUUAAAAACGCCUCCGGCUCUUAUUUGUUGGACGUCCCGGAGAAGAUCGUAGACUUUGGUGCUACAGGCGCUUACGAUAAAGACUUCAAAGUCGACAUCCAGAACGACAAGCUGGUUUGGUCGCCCUGCUUUACCGGCCAGGAAUACACAUUCGACGAUAAUAUGCAGGUCCAAUUCCAGUUUCAAGCCUACCUAACUAAGGAAGGCUAUUCGAGAACCGGAAGCGGCGUUUUUGGUCGUCCUAUUGGCUCUGCUCUAACGGCGGACUUCAAAGUUAUUUGGGAGCAGUGCGAUCCGGCGCAGAGGAACUCUUGGGGUCAAUUUAGAAUGGGCGACUACGAGUCUUGCGAGCGUAUCGGUCCAGCCGAUAGUUCGGAUGGACAGCCCACUGUAAGGUGGUGA